ACCAACAAUAUCACCCCUCUCUCUCCUUUCCCCUUAUCUCCAUCAGAUCCUCUUUGUUCUCUAUCCAUCACAUUCCCUUCUCUCUCUCCAUCUCUCACCUCGACCUCUCUUCCUUGCCUUCCGAUUUGAGACCAUCCACCGCUUUGAAAGUGAGGGAGAAGAGGAGGGAAGCGUAGAUUAGAUCAGAGACUCAAGUUUGAGGCUUCAGUUUUUGUAUUUUCAAAUUGCCCCAAAGAUUUUGAAUAUUUCAAAAACUGCCUCAAAAUAUUUCAACCCGUGUCGGCGGCGUAUAGGAGGCGUGUCCAACCCGUUGACCGGUGUCUUGACCAUGUCCAACACCUGACACUUCGGAGUUUUGGAGUAUCUGUGCAACCUAGCUUCUGUGCUCAGAGCUAGGUGUCUUUACCGUGUCCAGCCCGUGUCGGUGCGACUGUGCUUAGAGCUGAUUGCUUGGAACACUUCCAAUUUGCGUUGUGCAGCCAAAUGGCCCGGGCUUCUGCUCCUGUAGUUUUUCCAUGGAAGUACCAUGUGUUUCUGAGUAUCAGAGGUGAAGACACCCGCCGGGGUUUUACAGAUCAUUUAUACAAACAGUUGGAGGCGCGAGGAAUCAAGACUUUCAGGGACGAACCAGAACUUGAAAGAGGGAAAGAUAUCAAUCCAGAGCUCCUGAGGGCAAUUGACCAAUCAAUGUCUGCGAUCAUAGUUCUUUCGACAAACUUUGCUUCUUCAAGUUGGUGUUUGCGAGAACUUACUCAUAUUGUUCGUUGCAUGGAAGAGAAAAAGAGAAUUUUUCCCAUUUUUUAUGGCGUGGAUCCUUCUGAUGUACGCCAUCAACGAGGGAGUUUUGGGGAAGCCUUUGCGGAACAUGAAGUAAAUUAUCGGCAACACAUGGAGGAGGUAAAUGAGUGGAGAAAGUCAUUAAAAAGGGUGGCUAAUCUUGCCGGGUGGAAUUCAAAGCAUUAUAGGUAUGAUACAGAGCUUAUCCAAGGAAUCGUCAAUACACUAUGGGAGAAAGUGCACCCUACGUUGUCAAUGUUAGAUUCCUCAGAGAGGUUUGUCGGAAUUGAUUCUAAACUGGAGGAAAUAGAUUUGCUUUUAGAUACAAAUGCAAACGAUGUUCGCUUUAUAGGGAUAUGGGGGAUGGGUGGAGUGGGUAAGACAACCCUAGCUAACUUAGUUUACAAGAGAAUUUCUCAUGAUUUUGAAGGUAGCAGCUUUCUUGCUAAUGUUAGAGAGGUGUGCUCUACGGAUGGUAUAGCUCAUCUACAAAAGCAGCUUCUUUCUGAAAUCUUAGGGGAAAAUAACAUACAAAUUUGGAAUGCUUAUAAUGGAAUCACUAGGAUAAGUAGGUGUUUGUGUAAUAAAAAGGUUCUUCUCAUACUCGAUGAUGUGGAUCAAUUAGACCAACUGGAAAAGUUGGUCAAACAAAAAGAGUGGUUUGGUUUCGGGAGUAGAGUCAUCGUUACAACUAGAGAUGAACGUUUGUUAGUUGAACAUGGUAUAGAGAUGGUAUAUGAGGUUAAGCCAUUAACCCAAGAUGAAGCUCUUUUUCUCUUUAGUCGGAAAGCCUUUAAAGAUGAUGAGUUGGAAGAAGAUUUUUUAGAACUGUCGAAAUGUUUCAUCAGUUAUGCAAGCGGUCUUCCAUUAGCUCUUAAAACUUUAGGGUCUUUUUUGUACAAAAGAGGUCGAGAUGAAUGGAAGAGUGCACUACAAAAACUGAAGCAAGCUCCUAAUAGAAAAAUUUUUGAAACAUUGAAAUUAAGUUAUGAUGGACUAGAUGAGUUUGAGAAGAGAAUCUUCCUUGACAUUGCAUGUUUCCAUAAGUUUUGUGAAAAGGAGCGAGUAAUUGAAAGCCUACAAAAGUGUGGCUUUGUUGGCGCUUGCAUUGUGAUCGAAGUUCUUAUUGAGAAAUCUCUCUUAAGUAUUUCAGACUCUUACGUGUAUAUGCAUGAUUUGAUACAAGAAAUGGCAUGGGAGAUUGUUCGACGAGAGUCUUAUGAUGAGCCAGGUGGUCGUAGUCGGUUGUGGCUUCCUAAUGAUAUCUGGCAUGUGCUUGCAAAGAAUACGGGAUCAGAAGCAAUUGAAGGCAUAGUCUUACGUUUGAGUGAAUUUGAAGUGGCAGACUGGAAUCCUGAAGCAUUCACUAAGAUGUGUAAGCUGAGGUUGCUCGACAUUCAUAAUGUGAGGCUUUCUAAGGGCCCAAAGCAUCUUCCGAAUGCUUUAAGAGUUCUCAAAUGGAGCUGGUAUCCCUCUAAAUGUCUACCACCAAUUUUUCAACCGGAUGAACUUAGAGAACUUAGUCUGCAGCAUAGCAAAAUCGAUCACCUUUGGAAUGGAAUAAAGCGCUUGGGCAAGUUGAAGUCUAUCGAUCUUAGUUACUCACACAACUUGACAAGGACCCCAGAUUUCACAGAUAUUCAAAAUCUCGAGGAGCUGGUGCUUGAAGGUUGUACAAAUUUAGUUGAGAUUCAUUCAUCCAUUGCGUUUCUCAAAGGGCUUAGACUUCUAAAUCUUAAAGACUGUAAAAGUAUUAAGUGUCUCCCAGACAAGGUAGAAAUGGAAUCUCUUGAAGUAUUUGAUAUUUCUGGCUGCUCAAAAGUGAAAAAGAUUCCAGACUUUGUUGGAGAAAUGAAAAAUUUCUCUAAGCUUUCUUUAAGCCGAACUGAUGUUCAGGAAAUACCUUCCUCAGUUAUACGUCGGAGUUUGGAGCGGAUUGAUUUAAGUGGAAUUGCUUUGAGAGAGACGGAAUCCUCCCUGGUUUCAGUGAAAAAUUUUGAACUAUCAAAUUUUCUUGGAUGUAAUGCACCACCAGCUAGAUCAUUGCGUUCCUUCUUCACUUUUGGCGAAUUUCCAACAAAGACUUCACAGCCUGUGAGUCUGGUCUUAGAUUCGCUGAAAGAUUUAUGCUUUCUGAAGGAUUUAAAUAUGAAGAACUGCAAUCUUUGUGAAGGAGCAAUUCCCGAGGAGAUUGGUUUCUUGUCUUCUUUAGAAACUCUAGAUCUUAGCGGAAACCAUUUGGUUAGCCUUCCUGCAAGCAUCAGUGGGCUUUCUAAGCUGAAGUACUUAAAUCUGGAGAAUUGCAAUCUUAUUGAAGGAGCAAUUCCCGAUGAUAUUGGUUCCUUGUCCUCUUUACAAGGACUAAAUCUUAGCGGAAACCAUAUUGUUAGCCUUCCUGCAAGCAUCAGUGGGCUUUCUAAGCUGGAGGAUUUAAAUCUAAAGGACUGCAAUCUUUGUGAAGGAGCAAUUCCCGAUGAUUUUGGUUUCUUGUCCUCUUUAGCAUUACUAACUCUUAGCGGAAACCAUUUUGUUAGCCUUCCUGCAAGCAUCAGUGGGCUUUCUAAGCUGGAGUUUUUUGAAUUGCGAAAUUGUAAAAGGCUUCAACAACUGCCAGCCAUUCCAUUAAACAGCGAAUUAUAUAUGGACACGGAGAAUUGUACUUCCUUAAAAAUGCUCCCAUAUUUACCACAUGCUUGCAGAGUAAGCAGGUUUUGGUUGACUUCUGUCAAUUGCUUCAGUUUGGCUGGAAAUCAAGGUUGCAAUGCCACACUAUAUUCAGCACUAAAGAGAUUCCUUCAGGAGCUCCCUCAUUUUCUGCAAAUGUUCAAUAUACUAAUUCCCGGAAGUGAAAUUCCUGACUGGUUCAAUAACCAAAGUGUAGGAGAUUCGGUGAUUGAAAAACUACCUCCGCUCUCAUGCAAUAGCAAGGAGAUGGGAUUUGCUUUAUGCGCUCUAUUUGUAGCUGGUCAAAAUAUUUCAGCUUCCACUAGCGGACUAGAUUCGCUACUAAGUGGUACUCAUGGAAUUUUCUGUCGUUACAGUUUUGGUUCAAACAACACCUUUCCAGACAGCGGUCGGACUAUUGCGAGUUCGCUUGGUGAGGCAGCGUCAGAUCACCUUUGGUUGGUCGGUCUAUCUAGGAAAUUCCUUUUGGAAGUAACCAGUCGUAGGGAGAAAUUGUGUGAUCAGAUUCAGUUUCGUUUCGAAACAGUAAAUGAUUUCGGAAGCAAGACAUGCUUGAAGGUGAAGAAGUGCGGAGUCUGUCCGGUGUAUGAACAAGAUACAGAAGAGGAGAUCAACUGAACGAAGAAACAGUUCCAACAGAAGCAUUUCAUUGUGAGGAUAUUACCAAUUGUGAUUUUGACCAAUAAAAAACUGUACGAGACGUGAUUAAGCGAAGACGUGAACAAUACGGUAAUGAAGCAGGACCCAGUGAAAGUGGAAGUUCCUCCAAAGACCAAGUUGAAGAGGCAUAGUUUGGCGAAAGAAUGGUCGGAGUAAGUUGACUUUCAUGUGUAAUUAGGAGGACUAUGUUUCCCGUUUAAGUCUAUAAUUAGGGUAAAUAUUAUUGCAUAUUUUUACCUAGUUAAUCAAGUCUGAUAUAUAUAUAUAUAUAUAUACUUGGUGAGAACAAUAGCAUCAGACAAUUAAAAUCCCAAAUGAGGGCAGAGAUCCUAGUAUUUCCGCUUUG